GUGAUUAAAGGCUAUUGAGGUGAGAAGAAAAACUCAGGCAAGGAUUCCUCCUGGUUUGUUUCCCUUUGAGAAGAACCCAGGAACACUGAAGAUCCAAGAAAUACGAACACCAAUACUUGAUUGGUUUUGUGAUCCUGCCUUUCUGCCCAGUUGGACCUCAGUGACUGUCUCUGUUCUUUAGCAUUUGAGAACAUCUUUCUUCGUAUGUGGAGCUGAGACCUGGGAAUGCGUUAUUAUGGCAGCAGUUGUACAGCAGAAUGAACUUGUCUUUGAAUUUGCUAGCAACGUCAUGGAGGAUGAGCAGCAGCUUGGUGAUCCAUCUAUUUUCCCUGCUGUCAUUGUGGAGCAUGUUCCUAGUGCAGACCUCCUUCACAACUACUCCGGCUUAACCUGCGUGGAUGAACCUAGUGACAUGAUCACUGAGAGCUCCCUGGAUGUUGCAGAAGAACAAAUCAUAGAAGAUGAUGAUAUAACCCUCACAGUUGAAGCAUCUUGUCAUAAUGGAGAUGAAACGAUGGAAACAAUUGAAGCUGCUGAAGCACUUCUCAAUAUGGACUCCCCUGGUCCUAUGUUGGAUGAAAAAAGAAUAACAACUAUGUUUGGCUCAACUGAAGAUGAUGAUAUGGUGGCUCCUGUUACACAUGUGUCAGUCACACUUGAUGGGAUCCCUGAGGUGGUGGAAGUUCACCAAGCUCCAGACCCUUAUGCUGAAUCACCAGAGACUCCAGAAUUUGAACAACCAAAGAAGAAAAAAGGGAAGAAGCCAAGACCAUCUCGUCCUGAGUCCCCUACUACAACGCCAAACAUAUCUGUGAAAAAGAAAAGCAAAGAUGGAAAGGGAAAUACAAUUUAUCUCUGGGAGUUCUUACUAGCACUGCUGCAGGACAAAGCUACCUGUCCUAAAUAUAUCAAAUGGACUCAAAGAGAGAAGGGCAUUUUCAAACUGGUAGAUUCCAAGGCUGUGUCCAGGUUGUGGGGAAAACACAAAAACAAACCUGACAUGAAUUAUGAAACAAUGGGUAGAGCUCUCAGAUACUAUUACCAAAGAGGAAUACUGGCUAAAGUAGAAGGUCAGCGCCUAGUAUAUCAAUUUAAAGAGAUGCCAAAAGAUCUCGUCUAUAUAGAUGAUGAAGAUGCAAGCCCUAGCACUGAAUCAUCAGAUUCAACUCUCCUCUCAACUCCUGUGGCCAAUAGAAACCAGUCAAGCAGAUCUAGAGCAUCUGCAAACACGGGAACAAAGGGGGGAUCUACCACAGCGCUAAAAACAGGAAACUUGAAGGCUGCUGAGCUGAAGGAGCACGUAGAAGUCGUACAGCAGCAGACACCUGGCUUGACUUCAGAAGUUUUGAGGACAAUGCAAUCUCCACAGCCAGUACAUCCCACACAGCUUUUUCGGACAGUUCACUUAAUGCAGCCAUUACAGCCCCUCACAGAAGGACGUGCAGCUGUAACCAGUAAUGUUGCAGAUGAAGCAUUAAAUCCCUCCGUUCAGAAUAUAAGGACUUUACAGUCUCCAACCCAAGUUCCGGUGGUUGUUUCUCCUGGAAAUCAGCAGCUGCAUACUGUAACACUCCAGACAGUGCCUCUUACUACAGUGAUAGCCAGCACAGAUCCAGCCUCUGCAACAACACCCCAAAAAUUCAUUUUACAAGCCAUUCCGACUUCACAACCCAUGACGGUUCUUAAAGAAAACGUCAUGCUGCAGUCUCAGAAGCCAGUCUCACCUCUCCUCACAUGUGCACAAGUCCAGCAGGUGCUCACCAGCAGCGUGCAGACAAUUUGCAAUGGAACAGUCAACAUGGCUUCGUCUUCAUCCUUCAGUGCCACUACCCCCAUGGUGACGUUUUCACCUAGCAGCUCACAGGUGGUGGCUCACCCGUCGGGCACGGUGAUCACUUCAGUUAUUAAAGCACCAGAAACAAAACAAAUUGGUGUGCAAGGAGUGGAAAAAGAAGACGAUGGUGACAAAUUAGAUGAUACUGAGCAGUCAGAGCAGAGAUUCCAGCAGCAACCGUUUGUGAUGGUGGUGUCCAGUUCAAAUGGUUUCCCAUCUAACGUGCAAGUGAAGCAAGAAAAUGAGCCAUUGGAAUCCAAUUCAUAUUGAUAAAUUAAAAAAAAAAAAAAAAAGACCCUGUGGAUGAUUAUUUUCAUAAAUGUGAUGGGACCCUUUUCAGUUAUGUAUAUAUGAUUUGAUUCUGAAGCAAGAUGUGGCAAAGCUACUUAAUUUCUGCAGUUAAUUGUUAGAAUUCAUGCUUUAGAAUGGAUUUUGAUAUUCUGGUAAUUGCUAAAUGUUAUCAUAUAAAUAAAAGUAUAUAUUACUCAAGUUUCAAAAUACAAGCAUGAAGGAACAUGCUUUUUUACGCUAUGAAGACUUUCUCUUGAGGUUGUUGGCCAAAGUUUCAAAACUUUUUUCUUACUCUGUCUUUUCAGUCUGUUGCUGAUUUACAUUGCAAUAACAUUAUUAUAACCUUUUCUGUUUAAUCCGUAUGUGUAUCAUGUAACUUUUGAAACAACAGUUACUUUAAGUGUGGGACAUUUUCAUUCCAUGUGUAUGAAUUCUUAUGAUCAAGUAUCUGUUCCGUACUGGUGAAUUAUACCAGUUUUAGACUUUGAUAGCCAGGUAUCAUCUUGCUUUUUUUUUUUUUUUUGCAGCACAAGCUCUUGUGUGUGCAAAAUGGAAUAUACACUCCUGUUGAGAGUAUGCAAAACAUUUAUUCCAGUAAUGGACAAUGCCAUGUCUAUAUUUUAUAUGAAAACACCAGAUAUAUUUAAUUACAGAAGGUAACGGCAAAUGUUUCAUGCCAUUUUGCAACUUUGAAGCUUAACAAUCUUGCUUUGUACUUCAGAUUAUUUUGUAAGGGGGGGGAAGGAAAAGAAAUAUAUACAAUUUAUGCAGAUAUUUGAGAUUAAUACUGCUAAGAGUUCUUUUUUUUGAUUGUAAAUAAUGUACAUUCAGUGUCACAAGGAAGUUUUUUCAGCUAAUUUGUUUCCAUACAAAUUUUUGAUAGAUGCAAAUAAGAUCAUUAUGUUUAGAGAUCUAAUGUUAUAUGUAUUCAUAUUACAGAGUGAAUUUGUAUUUAAAGACAAAUUUUUAAAUGAUGGAGCCCUCUGAACCUUGGGUCCUUGGCUUUUGUAUUUUUAAUUGGUUUAUUAUGAAAAUAAAUCAAGUGGAAAAACA